AUGAUUGGUGGAUAUCCUGGGCGGUCGCGCGCCCAAACGGAGAUCGCUCCGAGAGCACAAGAUCCGUUCGGCAUUGGCAUGUUCGAUGACAUGAUGAUGCAGCCUUUCGGCGGCCCUCCUGCAGGCGGUCUGUUUGGCUCCAUGUUUGGGCAGAUGAACCGCAUGAUGCAGGAGAUGGACACCAUGAUGGGUGCACAGAUGAGGGGUGGCAUGAUGGGCCCGAUGGGCCCGGAUAUGUUUGAUGGCGGGCGAGGCAGCAUGAUGAUGAUGAGUGGCUUCGGCGGUGGCGGCAAUGGAAGCUUCUCCUCCCAGACGUUCUCAUUUUCCUCCCACAUGGGUGCAGACGGACAGGUCCACACGGAACAGUUUGCUUCUAGCGCAGUGGGGGACCGGAGCCAGAACAUGCAUGAAGUCCAGCAGGCGUACAGCAACAGCCGGACAGGGCAGGAUAAGAUGUCUCUGGAGCGACAGUUGGAUGGCAGAGGGCGGAAGAUGGUCAAAGAAAGGACUCGCGGUACAGGUGAAGAGCGCCAGACAGACAUGUUCAAGGGCAUGUCGGAGAACGAUGCCGCUGACUUCGACCAAGAUUGGUUGCGACGCGCCGUCCCUGCCUUACCGCAGCACCAGCAGGCCCACACGUCUCUGAGCUAA